GAGGAAACGGAGCUGCAAACUCAGUCCUGCUCUGCUGUACACGGUGCAGGGCAGAAGGAGAGCCAAUCACCGUAACGCACGGGCUCCCUUUAAGCCUGACAUAUCUCCAACAGGAACAAAUUGUCCCAACAAUCAACAUCCCGAUCUGCUGCGCGCAUCGGGGGCCGGAGUGGAGCGGAUCGCCUAUAGGGCCUGUGUGCUGCGCGGCCGGAUUGCGCUGGAUUGCACUGCGGCGAGAAGCUAUAGACGCAGAGAACCAAGUGACAGCUAUCGGUUUGGAUAACGGCGUUUUUUGGGGGGGGACGGAGGAGGGAGCUUGGACAUCAUGUCUAUAUUACCGUCAUUCGGGUUUACGCAGGAGCAAGUGGCGUGCGUUUGCGAGGUGCUGCAGCAGGGAGGGAACCUGGAGCGGCUCGGCCGCUUCCUGUGGUCGCUGCCCGCCUGCGAUCACCUCCACAAGAACGAGAGUGUCCUCAAAGCCAAGGCGGUGGUGGCCUUUCACCGGGGGAACUUCAGAGAGCUUUACAAGAUCCUGGAAAGCCACCAGUUUUCCCCGCACAACCACCCGAAGCUGCAGCAGCUGUGGCUGAAGGCGCACUACGUGGAGGCGGAGAAGCUGCGCGGCCGGCCGCUCGGGGCCGUGGGGAAGUACCGGGUGCGGAGGAAAUUCCCGCUGCCCCGCACGAUAUGGGACGGCGAGGAGACCAGCUACUGCUUUAAGGAGAAGUCCCGGGGCGUCCUGAGGGAGUGGUACACGCACAACCCCUAUCCGUCCCCGCGGGAGAAGAGGGAGCUGGCCGAGGCCACGGGACUGACCACCACGCAGGUCAGCAACUGGUUCAAAAACAGACGGCAGCGCGACAGAGCCGCGGAGGCGAAGGAGAGAGAAAACAGCGAAAACAGCAACGCAGGCGGCAACAAACAGAACCAGCUGUCCCCGCUGGACGGAGGAAAGUCUCUCAUGUCCAGCUCGGAGGACGAGUUUUCUCCACCUCAGAGCCCCGACCAGAACUCAGCGCUUAUGCUUCAGGGCAACAUGAACCACCCGGGGGCCUCGGCUUACCCCAUGUCCGGCCUGGGGCCCCCACAGCCGGUGCACAGCAUGCACGGACACCCGCACCAACUGCAGGACUCCUUGUUGGGACCUCUAACCUCCAGUCUUGUGGAUUUGGGCUCUUAAAGAGACUGCCAGAUUAUUCUAUUUUACAACAACAACAAAAAAAAAAACACCGAAAAAGAAGACUGAUACGUGUAUCGGAAUGAGAACAUUAAUGAAAUAACACUAUAGCCUAUCUUAUAAAAUAGACUGACUUGUCUGUCGUUAAAUUUGGUUAGAACAAAAUCCCUUUAUGCGCUUAACCUGUAUAUCCCCACUGACAGGAGGCUUUUCUCUUCUCCUGCACAUGACAGCAAACAAACAAACAGGACCUGCCUGGAACUCUUAAGUCAACGAGACACUUAACUGGACUGCCCAUUUGCUUAAUUUAUGAUAUUUUGUUGAGAUAAAAAGAAUUAUAGCAACCUCAUGCGACGGAAACUAAGAGAGGUAACGUUUUCAUUAGAGUCAUGGUAAUAGUUUCCAAUAAAACAAAAGUAAUACA